AAUCAGUGGCAGUCAUUAACCCCACAUGAAAUCUUUUCUUAUCCGGGCUAAAUUGACUAUAUAAAUAGUAUACCAAAAUACACCAUCUCUUUUUUUUCUUGAGUUCUUCAUGUUGAGAUCUUCUUGCAUUAGAAAUAUCAAACUGAUCAAGUCAAUUCCGUUUCUAAUAAUGUCCAGACCAAACGUAUCAUCGUCCACCGCCGCCACGUUGGCUUCCCCAUCCCCUGACGAUGUUGUCUUGUUCUCGCAAGAUCUGGGUGCCAAGUUCAUCACCCUAAACCGGGAAAAGAAAUUGAAUUCGCUAAACACCGACAUGAUUGAAUUGAUGACCCCAAAAUUAUGGGAGUACGCCAAGUCAGAGGGCAACAGUGUUAUUGUCCUCAAUUCAAAAUCUACUCGUGCCUUGUGUGCCGGAGGUGAUGUUGCUGCCUGUGCCAGUGGUAUUCUCAAUGGCGAUCCUCACUACGGUGCUGAUUUCUUUUACAAGGAAUACAAUUUGAAUUACAUGAUAUCCACUUGUCCCAAGCCUUAUAUUUCCAUCAUGGAUGGUAUCACAUUUGGCGGUGGUGUUGGUCUUUCCGUGCAUGCUCCAUUUAGAAUUGCUACUGAACGCACCCAAGUUGCUAUGCCAGAAAUGGAUAUCGGGUUCUUCCCCGAUGUUGGGGCUACAUUCUUUUUACCUAGAAUGGAUGACAAGUUGGGUUACUAUAUCGCGCUUACUGGUACUGUAUUAAAGGGUGCUGAAGCUUAUCACUCUGGGUUUGCUACUCAUUACAUCAAAUCGGAAAACAUUCCUAAAUUGACUAAGGCUUUAUCCAAGAGCUACUCACUCGAGAUAGAUAGCGAAAGAUUCUUGCAGGAAAUCAAUGGAAUUCUCAACAAUUUCAGUGAAAAGCAAUAUCCUGAAGGGUACAAGUUCCCAUUAUCUGUGGAAAACUUGCAAGUUAUCAAUAAGGCUUUCAGUCAGCCUUCAAUUCCUGAUGUUUUGAGCUACUUGCAACAAGAAGGUUCCACUUUUGCUACUGAGACUUUUGAAAAAUUAUCCAAGAAACCAAUGACUUCGCUUGCAAUCGCAUACGAGUUACUUAAUAGAGGUGCCAAGAACAGCAUUAAGCAACAAUUUGAAUUGGAAAUGGUUGCUGCUACCAACAUUGUCUGUAUUCCACCUGCCCAGAAUGAUUUCGCCAAUGGUGUUGCACACAAGUUGAUCAAGAAGAUCAAGGAUCCAUUCUUCCCAGAAUGGAAUCCUCCUUCGUUCGUUACCAAGGAUUUUGUGCAAGGGAUUUUAAAGCCUUCGGCCAAUGUCGACAAGUACUUACCCAAACCUUUGAUUUCUCCAUGGUUUGGUGUUGACUUCGAUCAAUAUCCUCACAAUAUGGGAUUACCUUCAAAUGCGGAAGUUGAACUGUACAUCAAGGGCUCCGAUGGUUCUGAUAGAGCUUACUUACCUACACCGAAUGAAGUUGUCAGACACUUUGUUAACCGUAGUAAACAUAAAUUGGGAGUUGCUGAAAAAGUGGAGCAAAUUUUAAACUUACACGGCGAGACCGCAAAGUAUGAUAACAAAUAUGUCAAUUGGAAAUAGGUAUAGUAUUACAAAUUUUACAAAUAUAUAAACGUUUCUUCUACUUGAACUUUUCAACGAUUAAAUCUUCUCCCAAUUCUUCGUAAUCUGCCUUCGUAAUAAACCAGUUAUCUAAUGCAAUUUUGGCACUAUUUGAGUCUUCAUUGUGGUCAUUCAACAUACUGGCCAAAUUACAAGCACCGAGCCAAGCUCCGAACUGACGAUCCCAAGUCUCGGAAUUUUCAGUGUUGUUUGGUCUGAUUUGUUGCACAGCAUACGAGAAUGGAUAAUUUGGGAAAUAUUUCUGGGUCAAGGCGCGCAAAUCGUUUAUUAUAUGAUCAGGCAAUCCAUUGGCGGACGCGGUACCACCAGUAAUAAAUACAUUGGAUAACAAUUCUUUAAAUAUUUCAAUAAAUCUGGCGAAUUUGUUUUGCGAAGUGGUGUCGUUGGACGAAGGGAGCAAGCUUGACUCCAAGUUCUUUAAUGCUAAGAAGACCAAGUUGGUUAAACCGUGAGACCCUGGUUUGUCCAAAGUGGGUUCAGGAACAGUAACAUUGGGUAAUUUGUUCAAGGUUGGGUCAAACAAAUUCUCCAAGUAGUUACGUUGGUCUUGGACAUUUAUGUUUUCGUGGUUGUAUAAUUGAUAACUCUUGAUUUGGUAACUUAUCGACAAGUUCUUGUAUUCUUGUAAAAUGUUAUGACUGGCAUAGUAGUGCUUGAAUGAAUCGGAAGCAUGGGCGAAUUGAGCAGGGAUAAGAUUGUUGAAGGGAGUCUUGGAUUCCAAAUAGUUCAACACGUGUAAAUUUAGGAAAUCACCAGCAUAUUUCGAGUGGUAUGACGACUUUUGUUGAAUGAUCCCGUCUAAAAUUGGAGUAACACUAGUCACACUUGACCCAAUGUCAAUAACUAAACCGGUGGACUUACCAGCACGGUACAAUUGCGCAAUUGGAGUUUUCACCAACGAAAAGAUCGGCACUUCUAAACUUUCAAAUACAAUCUGGCAAGUAGUGACUUUAUUUUGGGGAGUGUUCCAUGAUUGUUCAGUCAAUACCAAUGGGUACUCCUUGGCAUCAAUCGGAUUAUGGUUGUCGAUAUUAUCAUAGACGUAUUGCCAGUUGUGUAUAAUAUUGUCGUAGUUGUAAAUCAAUCCGUUAUCAAGCAAGGUCAUUACUUCGUUUUGACAAUUGGCCUCUAAUGCAUCGUCACCAACAAUGACAGCUUGAGUUUCUGGGUUGACCAUAUAGUUGGAAUUGAAUACCAAGGAGGGUAAGUCUUCGCGAGCAAACCCCGCUUUAGUAGUGUAUGAACCAUUGUCGAUAACGACAGCUGGAGAUGUGUAUGCCAUUGUUGUAUUGGUGUUUGCUUCUAUCGCUUACUACUGUUG